UGACCUCCGGUUCCGCAACCGCGGAUGAAGAUGGCGGCGGCCAGGUGUUGGAAGCUGGUGUCCCGCGGCCGGGGACUGUCGUUACAUACCGCUGCUGAGGCCGCCUCCACGGCUACGGAAUCAACCAGCACAGAUGUCGCGACCACCCCAGUAGCGCGGUACCCGCCGAUUGUGGCUUCCUUGACAGCCAAAAGCAAAGCAGCGCGGUUGCGGCGGGUGGAGCGCUGGCAGGCGACGGUGCAUGCGGCUCAGUCCGUGGACGAGAAGCUGCGCAUCCUCACCAAGAUGCAGUUUAUGAAGUACAUGGUUUACCCGCAGACUUUCGCUCUGAACGCGGACCGCUGGUACCAGGGCUUCACCAAGACCGUGUAUCUGUCGGGUCUCCCUUCGCCGCCCGUGGAGCCCGAGGCCCCGCUGGACUUAGGGGCUCUGCGGGACGCGGCCUGUGACAGCCUCCUGCAGGAGCAUUUCUACCUGCGCCGCAGACGGCGUGCUCCCUUGCGCGAGGAGCCGGAGACUGUAGUCUCGCCUUUUCUGGACCAGCUGGUGGUGGCCCUCAUGGGCCUGCUCAGCCCACAGAACCCCGUCCUGGCUUCAGCCUCUGUCGAUUUUAAGCGUCCAGUUCAUUUUUACUGGUUACGAGGUGAAGAAAUUAUUCCUGGUGGUCAUAGAAGUGGCCGAAUUGAUGCUGUGCGAUACCAAAUAGAUGAUAAACCAAACAACCAGAUUCGAAUACCCAAGCAACUCCCAGAGUUCGUGCCAUUGGAUUAUUCUGUACCUGUAGAAAUCCCUGUUAUGAAAUGCAAACCAGACAAGCUUCCAUUGUUCAAACGGCAAUACGAAAACAGCAUAUUUAUUGGUUCAAAAACAGCAGAUCCAUGCUGUUACGGUCACACUCAGUUUCAUCUGUUACCUGACAAACUGAAAAGGGAAAAGCUUUUGAAACAGAACCGUGCUGACCAGAUAGAAGUUGUUUUCAGAGCUAAUGCUAUCGCAAGCCUUUUUGCAUGGACUGGAGCACAAGCUAUGUAUCAAGGAUUCUGGAGUGAAGCAGACGUUACUCGACCUUUUGUCUCCCAAGGUGUGAUCACAGAUGGAAAAUAUUUUUCCUUUUUCUGCUACCAGUUAAAUACUUUGGCACUGACUGCACAAGCUGAUCAAAAUAACCCUCGUAAAAAUGUAUGCUGGGGGACGCAAAGUAAGCCUCUUUAUGAGACAAUUGAGGGUAAUAAUGUGAAAGGUUUCAAUGAUGAUGUUCUACUUCAGAUGGUUCAUUUUCUGCUGAAUAAACCAAGGGAAGACAGACCACAGGUGUUGGAAAGCUAGGAGGAAAUACUUGAUCUAAGACUGAGAAUAUUUAGUUUUCACGAAACGAACAAUAAAAAGAACUUUAAAAA